ACACAGGAGCGCUACCGCUGGGUUACCAGCAACAAGGAGCAGCGCACGGAGCAGCCGAGGGAGGGGGGAAGCACAUCUGGCGAAGGCGUAGAGUUUGAGGCUGGGAAGUGGAGGAAAAAAGACUCGAGCACAUGCCGUGCGCCAGCGGCACCUCUGAGCAGCGCCCGGCCAGGCUGGUUAUGAAGGAAGAAUGGAGUUCCCAGACCAUAGCCGGCAGUUGCUGCAGUGUCUGAGUCAGCAGCGUCACCAGGGCUUCCUGUGUGACUGUACUGUUUUAGUUGGAGACGCACAGUUCCGAGCCCACAGAGCUGUUCUCGCUUCUUGCAGCAUGUACUUCCAUCUUUUCUACAGGGACCAGCUAGACAAAAGGGACAUUGUGCAUCUGAACAGUGACAUUGUGACAGCCCCAGCCUUUGGCUUGCUGCUUGAAUUCAUGUACGAAGGCAAGCUGGAGUUCAACAGCCUCCCGGUGGAAGAUGUGCUGGCUGCAGCCAGCUACCUUCACAUGUACGACAUUGUGAAAGUCUGCAAGGGCAAGCUGAAAGAUAAGGAGUUGUGCGGGGAUGAAAAGAUGAAUGGCAGCGGGAUCCCUUUGGAAAAAGACAUGCGGGUCCUCGAUGAAGGCGCGCCCUUGGGGCGGGAGCUCAGCCCGGGGAAUAAACAAAAAUUAAUUGCUACAGAAUAUGAAAGAUCAGCUGGAAAAGAAAAGGAUAGUGGUUAUCUGGGCUGGUCCUCUGAUCUUGUAAGUAUCAACUCUGAAUUAGCAGAAGCGGAAUUGGAUGCUGUGGCAGCUGAGAAAACAAGAGCUAAUGUCUGUAGUUCAGUGGGACCUUUGUCCCAAAGAUCUCUUAACCACUCCUUGGCUUCAUCUGGCAUAGAAUGUGCUUUAGACCUGUCCUUCAAGUCUGUGGCCGGGAAGGAUUCCUUCCACCCUUCCUAUGUCUUUGGACAGCUGGCUUCCAAUGGCCAGCAGCAGAGUAGCAAGCCCCUGAUUAAGGAUGAACCAGAGUCUUUGUCAGAUGGAGAAGAUAGUGAGGCAAGGUGCUUAGAAAGUCAGCAUUUGGGGAAUUCUGCCAAGAGCCUGAUGACAGGAUUGGGAAACAUGUUUGCAGGGAAUGGCAAUUCCCAAGUGCCAGAGGAAGACUUAGAUCACGAGCGGGAGGUGAGUGAAGAUGACAUGGAUUCCUCUGACAUUCCGUCUUUGGGGGUCUUGGUGCCUCCAGGUCACAUCUGUAUUUGCCCACUCUGCAGCAAAGUCUUUCCUAGCCCACAUGUCCUCCAGCUGCAUCUCAGUUCCCAUUUCCGUGAUAAGGAUGUUUCAAGAACCAGGCUUUCCCCUGAUGGUUCGGUGCCUACUUGUACGCUUUGUGGCAAGACUUUCUCCUGUAUGUACACCUUGAAAAGACAUGAGAGGACUCACUCAGGUGAGAAACCGUACACCUGUGGUCAGUGUGGGAAGAGCUUCCAGUAUUCUCACAACCUGAGCCGCCACGCAGUGGUGCACACGAGGGAGAAGCCCCACGGCUGCAAGUGGUGUGAGAGACGAUUCACUCAGUCAGGCGAUUUAUACAGACACAUCCGUAAAUUUCACUGUGGCCUUGUAAAGUCACUGGUGGUUUGAGAGAAGUUGCCUUACCAAAAGGCACCAUUUACUGGACUUCUUUACUCUGUUGAUUCACUUCAGGCAAAUUAUAUUGUGAGGGGGUGGGAGAAUAUAAUUCUACAUUUCAUGGAGGAAAGGCUUCAGUUGGGCACUCUCCCCAUCCCUAGGCCUACUGUAGGCCUCCAAUUACCCUUAAUGUUCUGUUCGUUUUGGAGUAACAAGUAAGCUGAAUCUUGAUCUGAAUCCUUGGAUAGAAGCUGAUUUAAUCUCUUUGGUUUAAUUGGUAUGCUUCUGAUUUGGUGGAUGUGCUCUUGCUAAGUUGGAAAUGUGGUGAGGAAAAUAGAAACCUUGAUCAAAACUGCUCCUUGGGUGAGAUGUACUAGAUUGCCUGCAUAAUAGCUCCUCCCUUCCCUCCAGUUUAGCACUCAUAUCUGCAGUGCAGAUGCCUCAAGUAGGCAAUUUCAGAGUUCUAAUGGCCCCAGUUCCUUUCCUGUUUUGGAUGUAGCUUUUUUUUAAAGUCUGUUUUUAAUCUGUUCCAGACAAGAAAAAAUUCAAAGGGGGUGGGGUGGGGAUAGACUUUUUUAUUUAUGAAGUGUGUCUGAGGAGAAAUCUGAGUUCAUGUGCCUCAUGGGGACCGUCUAGAAUUCUUACUAUACUUUGAAGAGGCCUUGAAAUCAAUGUAGGGUGGGACUGAAAAUUCCCCUUACUUUUGUCAGCAGGUGAUAGUUUUGUUCUUUUGAAACUCUUCCUGCCAAAUCAUCAGCCUCACUUGUGCUGCUAUUCAUCUGCCUUUGCCAAUACUUUGGAAUUUGUCUUUGAACUUAUGUUUCUUGUGAAUUGUAGUGAAAUAUUUGUUUUCCACCUUUAUCCGUAUUCUUGCAGGUCUGAUUCAUUGGUGGCCCUGGUUGUGUGUAAUUUUCUUCCCUCUUGGCCGUCAUAUGUAGAACUUUGGAUGUGAACUUUGGCUUUGUAUAUGGAAGCCAAAAUGCCCCCCCAAACCCCCGAUAUGAAUUAUCUGCUGUGAAAUGGAUCACAGGGAUGGAAUGAAAGGAGCUUACCUGUGCAUACUUGGAUUCAUGUUGAAGGGAGCAUAGGAGAGAAUGUUUAGCAAGAUGCAGGCAUUGUAACGCAAAGCUACACGUUCAUAACUAUUAGUGUAGUCCUCUAGUUUUGCUUCUAACAAGUGCACUUUUUUUCUGUAAGUAAAUUACUGACAGGAGAAAGAUUAAACCUUAAGAAAUGAAAAUGUCUUUGCCCAUUGGGACUAUUCAAAGUCACUAAUUCCCAAAUGAUCCCUUCUUCCUCCAACUUAAUCGACAGGCAUGGUGUUUAAGAUGGGGGGCGGAAUUUCACAGUAACAUGGUACUGCAGACCCUUCAUUCAGUGGGGGAAACAUAUUGUAAUAGCUUUACUUUGUCAGUGAAAACAGGUGGUAGUAUUUGAAGCCCCUUGGCCUUUCUAAUCCUUAUUUUGUUUCAUGUAAGAGUUCCAGCCCUCGCUUGUGUUCACUUACUAUCAACAGUAAAGUUAUGCUGAUGAAAAACUAUUUUCUGUGAUCUUAGAUUGCCAACUGUGAUUAAUCCUCCCCAUACCAUUGUAGUUUGACUGGCAGUCAUUAGGAAGUGGUGAUGCCUAGGCUGACUUCUGUAUGUCAGAGUUUUGCUAAAAGUGCAACAUCAGACUAGACCCUCCCCUCCCCAGUGGCCAGCUGAAUAAUUCAAGUUGAGCCUCUCAGGCCUGGUUAUAUUUGAGCCAGGCCAAUGAACACAUUUCUCCAUGUACCAUAUUCAUAGUUGUUGGUGUGCCCAUCUUUCUGUCAUACAUACACACACUUUACUCCCAUUAACUCCAACCAACUUAGACUAUCUCUAAAAGCAUCUGCAAGCUGGUGGCUGCUGCAGGAAGUCAAUUGAUUGGGGGGAGGGGGUGUUGUUUCUUGGAAACUCUGAAGAGUUGGGCUUUGCCUGACCCUUAAAGAAAGUACAUCUGGCUGGAACAGCUGAUGGAGGCAGGCUAGGGUUUGAAGAAGAAAAGUGGGUUCAAAUGAAUGGGGCCUCAAGAAAGUUAUGAGACGAUCAGAUGAGCAAGUGGAGGUGCCAGAUGGCAGUCUCAUUACUGCAUAAUUUCCUUUCGAGGUAAAAAAUACUUAGUUAUAAUAUGCACAUAGGUUUUUUUUUUUUAACUGCUUCAAAAAGAUCUCUUCUGCAUUUCAAAUUAUUGGGAAGUCUGUUGUGCUCCAGAAAGUAUAGUGCUGUUCCCUAGCACUGAACAUUAUUUAGGCUAAAUUAAGAAUUUUUGCUGCACUAAGCAUGAAAUCCAAAAUCAUGUAAGUGCUUUUCUCUAUCCUAGCCAUAAAUAAUGCACAACCUAUUCCCUAGGGUUUGUGGAUUUUUGGAAUAAUUUGAGUUAUUCCAUAGGACUGGAAGGGGAGCAGGAACUGUUCUCUUGGAAGCAGAUCUGCCAGCAGAGAAACUCACAAUUUCAUUCUGAAGUCCCCCCAAUAGCUUCCUCUGCUCUAGAACACUUUCUGUUUUUAUCGAUAUCAGUUCACUUUCAUAGAUCAAAUCUUGUAAAAUGCUACUGAUUUAUAAAUGGCAAAUACUUGAUAUUGGUUUGCAUAAUUAACUUCUUACAAGCAAAGCAUUACUACAUGUUUCAGGCUGUGUGGUAUUUUGGAGGGAUUAAAACAGAUUGAAAUGCUGUACCAUUGGAACAAAUUUGGGAUGUUCACUUAUUUCUACCUAAUUCCAGUAUUCUGUUCCCUGUCAUGUCAUUAAACAUGCCUUCUGAUACCCACAAAAUAUAUUUUUGGAUAUGUAAAAUAAUUUUAAAAAAAUAGUAUAACUGACUAGAUUUCUGAGAAGUUGAUGUCCAGUGAAUGGGACUAGAGAAGGAUUGCCAAGACAAAUGUCCAGUCAUUUUGGACUCUUCUUAAAGUGAAAGCCUUUCUUGCAUUUUUAAACAAAUAUGGAUGCACUGAAAUGAUUUUUCUGAAAAGGCAGGUGAUAUUAAUGCUGCAGAAGAAAAUAUUGUCCAGCACUUCCCUUUGAUUAUUAGAAUUCCCAAAAAGGGAGGUUGGAUAAGUUGCCACAGGGAAUUGUUAUGUGCUCAGCCAAAAUUUUGAUGUGGGUUGUUGGGGUUUUUUUUUUUUGCAAUAAUAUAUCCCACUACUGAAAAGGCAUGUAAACAGUAACUUACCUCUUCAUCUCUAGGGUUAAUGCAAAGCUGUGUCUGUGUUUUAAUUUUUUUUUCCUUCCUGAUUUUAUGCAUUUCCCCUUUGAGUCAUAGCCAAAAUAUUUAGGAAAUAGUGCUAUGAAAAAGCAUAACUGCUACAUUAACUGUAAUAUAGCAGUGCUGUUUUGGAGAGGGAGAUAUUACGAUAAGUUUUUAUUCAGAUAAAAAGCUUUUUUUAAAAAAAUCCCUGUUUUAAAUUAUGGUGGCCAUGGUUUGUGAAAUUUGACAUUUAUGGAAUGUUUGAUUCUAAAUAAUGGGUGACUGUAUAAACACUCUGACUAACAAGGCAUGGUAGAGCACCAUAUUCCUAAGACACGUGACAACUGUACUGUGUCCUUUCUUCAUAUCCUUACCCCACCCCUUAGCCCAGAUUGGAAAUAGCACUGAACAAAACCUUCAAGUUAAGUUAUUUCUUUUCUUUUUAAAUUUUAAGUUAUAUAUCUAUAUCUAUAUAUAUUUUCCUCCUGAUGAUACUUGAUAUAGUAUUUAUUAGUUUUUUUUUUUAAAUUAAGGAAUGCUUGCUGUGGAGCUUUUUCAGAAUAACAAGUGUGAAAUCUGUGAUUUUAAUUUUAUUUCUGUACAUGUUUUACAAAGUGAAUGUGUGAACAUGUGAACCAGUGCGCAGAAUGUAGUGCUCUUUUUAUGCUGAUCCCACGCUGGGUGGAAUGGCGGAAGAAUUCCCAUCCCGACAUGGAGUCUUGAUUGCUUGCAAGAGCUCUCCUCUCUUGGUUGCAGGGGAGGGCGGUGGUCCAGGGGCAAUGAAAGGGGCAGUACAAGGAAGGAGUUACAUACCUAGGUCUCUGUAUUGGGACCCUUGUUUGCCUCUUCUCUUGGUACUUGUUGAAGGAUUUAAAAAUUAAGUGCCAUAGGGCACCAGCGGGUUGGAUUUGAGGUUUUCUUUAGAUAAGUUUGAUUUUUUGAAAAAGGCAUGCUCCCUGCUGCAGUUAAGAACAGGUGGCAGAUGUGUCCAGCUAAGGGAUUUGUUGAAGUGUUGUCUUUUUAUUAUUCUUUCCCAACAUUUCUGGGUUGAUCACUUCUUCUUCUUUUUUUUUUUUUUAAAGAUUGCACUUUUAUUUAAAUAUCUUUUUCAUUCUUUGGAUUUUUAAAAAAAUCGUUGCAAUAGUUCUGAGCAUGUUUUGUUUGUUUUUUACAGUUCUUUACUCCACAGAAAAUUACUAAGCACUGUACACUUAGGUUUGUUCCUUAAUAUGCAGCAGUUUCUCUGGUUUGCAGAGGGCAUAACUGGAAACUUUGGAGCUCCAUUUUGAUUUUAUUCAUUGGAGUCAGGAUUUUACCUUAAUACGGCUUUACUUAAAACACUGAAUUUGUCUUCUAUUCAAACCAGUACUGUGAAGUUAAUGUUUGAAAGAAAAAAAAACCCUGUUAUUUUAAAUUGCUUUUAAUCUUGGUGCAGUUCAGAUUCAAAUAUGUAUAUUUAAAGACACUAAUUUUUGUGGGAGAGUUUUUAUAGUGUAUAGUAUGUAGAAAAGCUAUUGGAUUGAACUAUAUUUUAUUAAAAAAAAGUUCUUUCACUGUUUUAUAGUGAAUUAUUACCCUCACCCUCUCAUUGUUGGUUCUAUGCUGUAUUUUAGGCUAGGUUCGACAAUCGCAUAAAAAGAAUGACUUUGACAAACUUUCUUUAAUGUCUAGUUUCUGUGUGGUUUUGUUCCUUUUUUUUUAAAUUGUGUGUUGGUAUGUGCUUUUUUAAAAAAGGAAAAAAAACUGUGACAAUCGUGAUUAGAACUGUCUUUACUGAAUAAAACACACUAGAGUUA